UAAAUCAGAGCUUCAGACUCUAGGACCGUCGCGAGUCGGAGUCUCCGCUAACAUGCUAACAUGCUAACCCGGGAGUAUUUACCGGGGAAAAAACGGAAAACCAAACAAGGGACACGGUAGAACAGAUCCCCCUGUGGGCAAAGUAAAGCCGCAGGGGCUGAUGGGAAACUGACGCUAAAGUUUUUGUUUUUUUUAAACUUUUAAACAGUUUUUUUCUACCUGCCUGCGCUCCGUUGCUAUUCUGCUAACGGCUAAGAGAGCUGAAAGCACUCGGGAAAGUUUGUGAAGCUAGCUGGUGUGAGAGCGACAGGCCAGGAAUUAGACGGGCCCAUGACAGUGGACCGAGUGAGACACUCCCCGAUCCUGUCUGUCCUGUUCGGGAUGUCGGACGACUCCGAGCCGGUGGGAGCCGCUCAGUUUAUCAAAGAACGUCUUUACUUCGCCACGUUACGCAGUAAACCUAAAAGUACGGCCAACACUCACUACUUCUGCACCGACGACGAGUUCAUCUACGAAAAUUUUUAUGCAGACUUUGGUCCUUUGAAUCUGGCCAUGUUGUAUCGAUACUGCUGCAAACUCAACAAGAAGCUCAAGUCGUUCACGCUGACCAGGAAGAGGAUCGUUCACUACACCAGCUUUGACCAGAGGAAAAGAUCCAACGCCGCCGUGCUUAUUGGCGGAUAUGCGGUGAUCUACCUGAAGAAAACUCCAGAAGAAGCUUACAGAGCUUUGACGUCUGGUUCCAACGCCUCCUACCUGCCCUUCAGGGACGCUUCCUUCGGGAAUUGCACCUUCAACCUCACGGUGCUCGACUGUCUGCAGGGCGUCAGGAAGGCGCUGCAGCACGGCUUCUUUGACUUCGAGACGUUCGACGUGGACGAGUACGAACACUACGAGCGGGUGGAGAACGGAGACCUGAACUGGAUCGUCCCGGGGAAGUUUCUGGCCUUCAGCGGACCUCAUCCUAAGACUAAGAUCGAGAACGGUUACCCUCUGCACGCGCCCGAGGCGUAUUUCCCGUACUUCAGGAAGCACAACGUGACGACCGUCGUCCGCCUGAACAAGAAGAUCUACGACUCCAAGCGCUUCACCGACGCCGGCUUCGACCACUACGACCUCUUCUUCUUGGAUGGCAGCACGCCCAGUGACGUCAUCACACGCCGCUUCCUGCACGUCUGCGAGAGCACAGACGGCGCCGUGGCGGUCCACUGCAAGGCUGGUCUGGGCAGGACGGGCUCUCUGAUUGGCUGUUACCUGAUGAAACACUACCGCUUCACGGCGGGCGAAGCCAUCGCCUGGAUCAGGGUCUGCAGACCGGGCUCCGUGAUCGGACCACAGCAGAACUUCCUGGAGGAGAAGCAGGCAGCGCUCUGGUUGCUAGGUGACACCCAGCGUUCCCAGAAGGCCAAGAUGGAGGAGAGAACCGUGUCUCGACUCAUCACUACUAUGGACGACCUCACAUUGAACUCCGCUCACAACAGCAGCAGCAGUCUGCACGAGAGUGAGACGUUGGACAGUGGGCCGGUCCUGACUCAGGGAGACAAACUGAGAGCCUUAAAGAGCCGGCGUUCCCACCGACCCGCCACCACGGGAGCUCUCAGAGUGGAGGAGAUGAAGAUUCAGAGCAGCUCGGCGUCUCGGCCGCUCAGGUGGUCUAUGGGUGGUGGUCAGGGCCCCUCCUCUCCCCUCAAGUCCUCUAAAUUCCCAGCAUCCUCUGCUUCUGCUGCCGCCAAGAGGAUCGGAAGAAGUCCAUCAUCAACGGCCUCCAACAUCAGGAGCUCUCGGUUGGCCAGCUCUCUCACUGAUCUCUAUGCUGCGGACGCUGAGGAGGACAAAAACCCCUCGUACUCCUCUCUUCCUCUCCCCUCCUCCUCCCCUCUGUCUCUCGGCUCCCCCUCCUCUCCUCUGGCCCCGGCCCCUCUAUGUCGCUAUGGUAACGGCCCUCGCGGCGCACAGCACGAGGUAAACAACAACAGGGGUCCGUACGGGGGUCCCGCGGCGCCGAGCAGCAGGCCGGGCCCCCAGGACUUCAGCCCCUACAGGGGCCCGGGGCCCCACGGCGCGCUGAAGGGCCCGUCAGGACGCUACCUGAGCCGCUCCAUACCUUCUCUUCAGUCGGAGUACGUCCAGUACUAGAACUACAGAUCUCACCUGAGGACUCAUUACCCACUACCCCCUGUGUGUGGGGCGCUCAAAGGGAAGCUAAUAAAGCAGCUGGAGGUUCAGCUCAGUGACGAAGGGACAGCUGCUGUAUGUUGAUGAGCUACAUUUUACCACGUGACCUGUUGAUGGACUGUAUGUAAAUGAGGUGUAUGUUAAUGAGCGAGAUGUCGGAGAUGUUUUUUAAUUAUGACCAACUACGGGCGUUUGUUUGGCAGAAGAAGAUAUAUUUAGAUAAAGAAGACAUUUUAUAUUUCUUAUGUGUCACAGAAGAUUUUUUUUUUUUUUCUUUUUUACGAGACCCUCCGUCCUCCCAGUAUUUACUUCCUGUCCGACAGCUGAUUGGUCCGUGUUCAUGCGUUAACAGCAAUAAUAAUGGCCGUAGGUGAAGAAGGGACGCUUCGUCUGGAAUAACGUCCUCCUGCUUAAACAGGAGCUCGGUUUGUCUCCCUGAGGACGGAUCCUAUGCGUCCCUCCGUCCCCCGUCCUCGCCAAUCUCUCCUUGAUGCCGCCCUGCUCAGCGGAAGAUGUUUGCUGACCAGAGGGAAUCCGUAAGUCCUUAAACCAGCAGCUAGCAACCAAUAAACUGAUGGAAGAUUUAAUUACAAAAGUGUCACGUUCGGAGUAGCGAGUCACGUGACCUGUCGUGUCAGACGAGUGGCGUGACGUUUCACAUGAAGAGUAACGUGGUUUAAAGGGAUUUUUAUGAGCUUACAACUUCUUGUGGAUCAGUUAUUUAUCGGAUCAUUUUCUCAGGCUUCGAAGUGCCUCAAAGAUGCGACCAGGAGCUUUAUUUUCACGCAGCGUGUCAGAGGGCUUUUAUUUUGGAAUGAACCGCAUCCUGAUGGAUGAUAUUUAAAUGAAGAACGGUAUUGGUUGCUUAUUCUAUAUUUUAAUGUUGAAGUAUUAUGUUGAAGCGAAAAGCUUUCAGACUUCUGUUUUUAUCUGAGACAGACAAUAAACUACAUUUCUGAACCUUU